AUGAGUCAAACUUCUUCUGGUCAGCUACGUCGCAACAAGGCCACCAACUUCCAUCCGGUUACUAUACCCAAAGGUUGGUUUGGUCUUGAAUCCGUUUUCCUGCUCCUGUUGAGAUGAGCAAAUGAUUCGGUUGCAACAAUUUUUUAUGAAAUGAACCAAAAUAGGACAAAAAACUUCUGCUAUAGCUCUAAAUGCAUGAGGGAAUAUUAACAAAAAUUUCACUAGAUGAGUAAAAUAUUUAUUUACAGGCAGAACAAAAAUAUCAUGUGCAAGAAUGGCUUUGAAAAAAAGAAGGAAAGUGGCAAUGAAGCCUCAAAUAAAUAAAAAAAGAAGCUUAGAAAGUUUACGAAAAGCUCAAAUGUUUUUUUACUUUUUUUUUUUGAAAAUUUAAACAUUGUUUGAAAUGAUUUUUUUCUUGCGCUGAGAAGAAAGAACUUUUUAAAUUACGUUGGAAAUUUGAUCAAAAUAAGAAUAAUCUAGCUGGUUUUUUUAUUAAAGAUAUUUGAAUUUUUUUGCUGACAAAAACUAAAACUCCGAAGUCCAUCUCCAGAAAAAAAAAACCUGCUCUUCCCUUUUUGGACGGAUUUUUUUGCGAAUUACAAAACGAUGUACAAAUAGUUGAUUGCAAGCAUUGUCUGAGAGGCGAGUUCCAUUGGAUUUAUGUGCUUUCAUUCUCAAAUUCAAACCAAACAUUCCGAAAUAAACUUUUAACAAACAGAUAUCAAGAAGAGAUUUUCGAUCUAAAAUUUUUUUUAUACCAAAAAAAUUUCAAUAUGCUUCUGGCUGAUUUUAUUGGACUCUUCAAAAAACCAAUUUCAGCGGAAUUCAACCUCCAGCACCAUUUCAUCUUCCGGCCGGAUAAGGCGCCGAAAGAUGGCUUGCAAGCGAUUCAACGCGAAGGAGACGUCAUCAGGUUUGAAAUUGUUUUUUUUUUUUUCAGAGAGUCAGCAAGUACUUGAAGUUUGAGCAUUUUUAUAUCUACAUGAGUUGUGAAUAGCUGGGUUCCUUAAAGAAAGAUAAUUUAUGAAACUAAUAAAUUAAGUAACUAAAGCAUCAAUAGUAGAAUUCCCACAGAACUGGCUUGAGGAAUGAUUUCAAGACUAUUAUAUGAGAUUGACAAACUUGUGUAAGAAGGAGUUUUUGGAUGUUAAUGUUAAUAUUGCAAGAAACUGUUAAGAAUUUUCUCUAUGUUUUUUUUUUCAAUUCAAUUUAGAACUUCAAAAUUCAUAAAAAAAAACUUUUGGCGAUCUUCAGCAACACUUUGUCGAAAGUUAGAGGCGAGUGAAUUAUGUAUGGAGAACUUUUGAAAAAUUCAGCUCUCAGAAAAAGUUGAAAACGAGAAAUAUCCAAGAACGUUCAUUAUGGACACGGGUAAUGAUAUUUUAGUCGCCAUUCAAUCGCAAAAUAUGCUCCCGAAGAGGUGCCUGAUGACGUCGACGAAAGCCUGAAGAUUGACAAAAUGUUCAAGACCGUCGCGCGACUUGGGAUCAGUAAGUUCUUUAUUUUUGCUUUUGUUUUUGAGCUUGAGAUCUGACAGCAAUCGUUCAAUCUUCAAACGUUAUCAAUCAUUAGGUUGGCUGAUUCCAACAGUUGUUUGGGAGGAAUGUAGACGAGGUUUUUCGUGAGAAACACGUUCAAUUUUUCAUGAGAAUAGGGUUCAGUGUAGUUUGAAAUCCGAGGAAAUCCACACGUUAUCUGUUCAAAAAAAAAAACAGGAGAAAGAAAAAAAUGACUAGGCGGUUUAAAAACUUGAACAAGCCUAAACUCUUAUUUGUUGUGUUGUGGAACUUUCCUCAUUUUUCGGGAAAUAUCCAAGGAUUCAACUUAUAAGGACCGAAUGCGUUGGUUUACGAGUUUCUUUCGGAAGUUAUGGAAUGGGGGUAAAUUCGAAUUUCGAACUGCAAUUAACUGUUUCAGUUGAUGAUUUUAUGAGGCGAUGAUUCUCUUUUCAUCUUUAAACUUUAGAAGUCGUCCAACUUCUGUGUAAUCACGGAAGAUAUAUGUUUUAAAUCAUUUAUGUUCCUUGGAAGGUUUUCUUAACUUCUCAAAAAUAUAAAUUAAGACGAGCCAGAAAUGGUCUACACCCAUCUGCUCCAACUUUCGCAAUGUUACGAGGCAAUGGCUCGAAGUAACAAAGUAAUCGUCUUUACUGAUGACACAUCAGUUCGGAAAGCUUUCAACGCUUUAAUUUAUAACUGUGAGUUCCCUAAUCACGGUGUCAUCAAGGAUGAAUGAGCUUUCCAGCCGUCAGGACGGGAUUAGUGGCUGACUCAAAGUCUCUUGCAAUCACGGGUGUCCUUUCAAUUACGGAUUUUAUUAUGGUGAGCACACAUAAACAUAUUGUGAAAUGGAGACCAGGGUUUAGGUUUUAAUGAUGUUGUGGAAAUUCCGGGAUAAUCUCGACGAGAUGAAAGGGACGCCAUUAAGUCAUGAGGAUUUCGAAAACAUGGACGUGGCUCAUAUGCCAAUUCGCCGGUGGAAAGGUUUAAGAUUCGUGGGGAUUCCUGAGAAAGCUUUUCCAUGAAAAGAACGUAGUUUUUUGAACGAUGAAUUGAAACAAAGUCUAAGUGAAACAUUUUUCAGAGCUGUUAGGAUAUCAAGGACAGCUGAAACCAUUUGUCUGCAUCAAGCUCAAUGAAAGGUACGUUUCCUUCCCUAAUGAAAUUAAUAAUCAAAGCUCAAGGGAAAUAUUCUCACGGAGUAAAAGAUCCUCUUAAAAAUUAUCUGGAAUAUUUUUCCAGCUUGUUCCGAGCGGUCGAACUUUUGUCCGAAAAUCGUAUCCACCGACUUCCGGUCAUGGAUGACGUCACUAAUGACUGCGCCUACAUCCUCACCCAUCGAAGAAUCCUUCACUACAUUUGGAAGCAUGUGAGAUUUCGAAAACUGUAUUUUAUUCUGUGAAACUCAAAAUACUUCAUUUCAGUGCGCUCUACUACCGAAGCCAGCGUAUUUGAAUGAGCGAGCCAUCGAUAUUCCGGUCGGGACUUGGAAUGGCUUGAUCUACGUAGGAUGAAUUUAUCAGCGACUUUAAAUCACAAAAAAGUUCAGGCUACUGAGCGGAUGCCCCUGAUCCAAGCUUUGGAUAUGCUUAUCGACAAUGGAAUCAGUGGGAUGCCCGUUGUCGAGUAUAAAACUUUGAAGGUUCGUCCAAAGAUAAUUUUUGAGAUAAGGAUGAGAUAUCAGAGUCAAGUUGACUUUCAAGGUUUCUUUUUUGAUUUCACUUUUUUUUGUCCCUUAAUAGAAGUUUUUACCUAUCGUUUUUAUUCAGAUUCUGGACGUCUACACUCGAUUCGACACUGUUGCUGCGGCCUUUUGGACAGACAUCGACUUAAGCGUGACUGUUGCUGAAGCGAUCAAGCGCCGAGAAAAUGUUUCUGUAAGUUUCAAGAAACUGAAAUUCUCAAGAAAAAAAAAACUCAAUGACCUUGUACAAUUCUUAAGCAUUUCGAAAAAAAAACGCUCAGAAAACUUAUAUAAUCAAGCUCGUUUCAGUUUUCUUUAAACGGUUUUUUUUUAGUUUCAAAUGACGCUAGAUACCACAGAAAAAAAAAAUCCAAAACAAGGAAAGUCGUUCUAAUUUGCGGAUGAGGAAUCCCUGAAAAUAGGCCAAAACACUUCUUGAUGUAAAAGAUGGAGGUUCUGAGAGUCUCAACUUCCACAACUUCUUAGUAAUUGAGAAAAGUGAUCUCAAAAUCAGAGAAAACCUCAAAAUCCUUUGUAAUAGACUUUUUUUGAGCAAUUUUUUGAGACUUUCAGAGCUGUUUGUGGUAAAUUUGGCUAAUUUUAAAACCUUUCUAUCCGCAAAGUAAGACAAUUUUUCUUGUCAGGGUUGAUUUUUCUGCAAACCAUCGAUUUUUAAUUUUGCAUAACCUGAUGAUCCUUCAGCCAUUUUCAUUUUGAAAAAUAAAUGGGAAUUUAUGCAAACAAAACAUUUUCGAAAAAUUUCGCACGGAAAAGUAUCUUUUUUUCAGGGAAUCUUGAGAGAUGGGGUAGUGACCGCCAACCAGAAUGCCACGAUGUGGGAGUUGGUCCAGCUUUUUGUCGACAAAAACGUCCAUCGGAUUUUCAUGGUCGAUGAGUACAAUUGUCUCAAAGUGAGUUCAGUAAUAAAGAGGAAAUUUUGAUGAGAAGUUACAGGGUCUCGUUUCCUUGUCGGACAUCACGGAGUACAUCGUUUUGCGUCCUGCUACACAUCAUCAGAAACUUCGAAACCACCAAGUUCAUCUUCGAACUGUUUAUGAGUAUUUAUCAAAAGAGUGAUACAUCUUGCCAUUUUCCAGCCAUAUCGCCGAAUUUUCAUUGCGAAUAAAGUUUUUGAUUCUUGUGAAAAAAGUUCAAAUAAUGAUUAAUUUAAAGCUCAAACAGAUAAAAAAAAACUUUCAAAUAAAACCAUUCCAAAGUCAUUUGUUCCAGUUUCCCCAAUUAAAAAUGAAACGUGUCUACCGACGCAGUCAAAAAUGAAAUAUUUCAGAGAAACUUCAGUAUUUAAAAAAAAGAAUGUUUGUAAACGUUUCAUAAGUUGAUGAGUACUCUCUAAGAACAUUAACAUCUUAUAAAAUCCUGUUAAAAUUAAAUCUGGGAAUUUUUUGAGUUACUAAAAGAAAUUGAGGGUUUUUUUUUCCAGAUUAACAGUGAGCCCAAAAAAAUUUCGAGUUUUUUCCCCGAUUCGAAAGGGAAUAAAACUUGUCAAAGUUUAUUCCGAGAAGCGUCGCGGGAUGUGGAGGCCUCCGAAGGACGCGAGUUUUCGUCGCGAUAAGACUGCCUGGGGAAUACCGUGUCCAAUGACGCAAUGUGCAUAUGCGGUGGAAAACGAAGAAAUUUCUCAAUAAAGUCCGCUUCUCAAACGACCAAAUCCCCCGAGGCCGAGAAGAGUCGACCGGAAACAUUUUGCCGCCGAAGACCCGUUAUUUUCUCGAGUCAACCCAAAAAAAAACACGUCAAAACAGAUAGAUACGAGUUCUGGAAAUGACACAAGCCUGUCACAACAAAUAAUCUUUUGACGAAGCGCCUUGUUUUUUAUUUUUCGUCAGAUUUGAUGUCUUUGUCUUAAAAUUGGACGCCGUUAGCUUUAUUUAUAUUUUCCAAUAUAGUGAUUGAGUUUAAAAAUUUGCUCAUUUUUUUGAUUAUCUUCCCCAUCAACUAAUCAGUUGGAAACGGUUGUCGAACCAAAAAGUUUGAAACUUUCCAAAAAAACUGAAAUCAAAGGAUAACUAGGUUCAAAAAAAUUCGCAGUUACUUUUUUUGAUUGAAAUAGGGGCUCAAAUUCAAGUGAAUCUUUUGUUUUUAUUAUCAUGUUCACCAAUUCAUGUUUUUUUAGCUACCAAGUUGUGUGUUGAAGGUUGAUCAAGCGUUUCACAUUUUUUUCUAAUUUCUCUUUGUAUAGAUAUAGUUGAGAUUUUUUUCUAAUAAUUUCAUUCCAAUCAGGCUCUCAAAGUUUCUUUUUUUCAUAAUAGAAACGAAAUAUGUAGAUGACCAAAUUCACAUUGAGAAAAAAAGAUUAUAAAGCCCAAUUCAAAAACAAUGUUCCAAUAAUUUGAAUGAAAUGCGCUCUCUUCUGAUCUUCGAGUAGUAUUGCCCCAGAGAAAUUUUCUGAUCGUAUAGAAAUUGUUUAUUAAGAAGAUUCGAAAAAGCGGAGGAGUAGCCGUGGCCCGAAAAGUGGAUAUCGGAGCCCAGAGGCAGUGACAGCUUUUUUGUGCUUCCGAAAGUCGCCGCCUCUCCUCCAAUUCGAUGAAGCGCCGUCAAAUGGGAUAAAAACCAAUUUGUGGCAUAUUUCAACUGUGGCCUCCCCAAACACAUACGCUCAUCGAGUUUACAUUGCACAUUUCUGAGCACGUGUGCCGCAAGGAAAUAAACUAUUUUGGACGACUCUUCUGUAGGCCCACAUUCCGCGUUUAUAAGUCUACGAGGGCGCUUCGUCGCCUUUCUUGUUCUUUUUUUCCAAACAUUUUCUUGCGGAUUUUUCCUUCUUUGGAUCUGGACUUCCAGUUUAUCAGAGGGAACAAGAGACUUCAAUUUCGAUUCUUUUAAGAUUUCUGACCCGAUUCAGUCUUCAAUCUUUAUCAUUGCAGUUCUGUAGACGUUUUUUGAAUUACCUGCUCUAAUAUUCAAGAUUUUAUUACAAUAAUAUUUCACAAGAUUGCGAUGCAAAUAUUUAGGAAGGAAGUUCAUUUCCGUCCAAAAAAUAAAUUUAGUAGGACGAUCGGCACUUUUAAAUUAAAAAAGGAGUCAUUUUAAACUCAGAAUAAACUCACGCACGCUUUUAAAAAUUUCGUUUUCAAGGUUCAAAUCAAAAUUUGGAAAUAUUACUUUUUUUGCGGUUAACAGACAGAAAAAUUUUGAAGCCUCGAAUUCCAAGAUCUCCAGCUUUUUUGAAUCAAAAUAAGCAACAAUUUAGAAAACAAUGAAACCUUUUUUGAGAACAAAAUAGAUUUAUGAUAUCCUUCAAGUUUAUGUCAUUCUUUAGAAAAAAAUGAGGAAACUUUAAAAGUUGGAAAUAAUGAAAAUUUAUUUUUUUAUCAUGAACCUAAGGAAGUGUAACUUUUUCUGGUACAGAAUCUCUCACCUGUGUUUUUUUUGAGAAUUUCAAAAUAGAAGUGAAAAAAAGGACAAUCGGGAAGGCAAUAUUUUCUCAAUAACUCAGCGGCGGACAAUCAAAACGGGAUAAUGUGUUCGGAUUCAUUGUGGAAAUGUUGCUCUAAAGUGACGAAGGGCCGCUCACAACGUUCGAAGAAGUGUAAUUUAACGCAAAUAAACACGCGAUAUGAAGGACAGGUGUUGUGAAGCGAUGGAUCGCAUCCAAGAAGAAGCGGCCGCUCUCACACGGCCGCACACGCUCACCCAUUCUCCCACCACCCGCAAUCUCACCUCUCACCUCUGGCUCCAACUCGACCUUUAUAAUACAUUCCAACACCUUGGAAGCUUCCUUUCCGUUGGCUGA